CGGCCUUCAGUACCACUUGCGACUUGCGACUGCCAACACGCCUACGCGACGCCCACUCUCGCACUGCUACCACAAGCGUCAACACGCGAGUGUUCACUUUUGAGCGAGUUGCGCGCCCUUUCUCUCACGCAGUGUAAUCGUGCUUCGGUACGUGAAUGCAAAACCGGACUACUCUCUUGACACGAGCCAGAAAGGAAUCCACAGCAAUUCGGACCUCUCACAUAUUUUUUAGGCUCAAGGCCUGGCCUGCCAUUCCCCUGGUCCCCGCCACGUCUUCGCGGGGCUUCCACCACGCACAAGGGCCGAUAACAACGUAGUCAAAAAGAGAACACGGCAUGACUGCGACGCACGGCGGCGGGUGUGAAGAUGACCGCCCGGUCAAGGACUCCGUGUACACCCUCAAAACGGGAUUCAAGAAUGACGGCUAUCAGCAUGACCGCGACUCGAACAGCGACAUCGUCAAGCCUCCGCCUCUGCCGAUGGAAGACGAUUCCUACGCCUCCGGAAAAGUUAAGCUCGCAAGGAGCGAAAAGUGGAGAAUACUUAAGAAUGUCGCGGCCGUCAGCUGUGCGUUCAUGGUGCAGUUCACCGCUUUCCAAGGCACGGCGAACCUGCAGUCGUCGAUCAAUGCCCGCGACGGCCUGGGAACCGUGUCUCUGAGUUCCAUUUACGCUGCGCAAGUCGUCUCUUGCAUCCUCGUGCCGACGUUCCUCAUUAAAAGGCUAACGGUCAAAUGGUCGCUCUGCCUUUCCAUGCUUUGCUACGCGCCGUACAUUGGCGCACAGUUUUUCCCGGCUUUCUAUACAUUGGUGCCGGCCGGCGUUCUAGUCGGUCUCGGAGCGGCCCCUAUGUGGACAUCGAAGGCUACGUACUUGACACAAGCGGGAAGUGUGUACGCGAAACUGACAGACCAAGCGGUUGAUGGAAUUAUUGUGCGGUUCUUUGGAUUCUUCUUCCUCGCCUGGCAAACUGCUGAACUGUGGGGCAACCUCAUAUCAAGUUUAGUAUUUUCGUCUGGCGUGCACAGCGGCGGCAAUGUAACAACAGAAAACACCAGCACCACGCUCCUCACCUGCGGAGCGAACUUCUGCAUGAUCGGUGGCGGCGCGCACGACAACCAGAACCUCCACCGGCCUCCAGACACCGAGAUCUAUGAGAUCAGCGCUAUAUACCUCGCUUGUGUGUUUGUAGCCGUGCUCAUGGUGGCUUUCUUCGUCGACCCCCUCUCUCGGUAUGGUGAGAAGCAAAGGCAAUCAGACCCUUCCAAAGAACUUACUGGAAUCCAACUGCUUUCUGCGACCGCUUACCAGCUCAAGAAGCCAAAUCAACAACUAUUGAUUCCAAUUACAUUAUGGAUCGGUAUGGAACAGGCGUUUAUUGGAGCUGACUAUACACAGGCAUACGUAUCAUGUGCGCUGGGCAUCCGUUCUAUUGGAUAUGUGAUGAUCUGCUUCGGUGUGGUGAACGCUAUUUGCUCCCUGCUGUUCGGUUCGGUGAUGAAGUACAUUGGGCGGUUCCCCAUCCUGGUGAUGGGAGCAGCUCUCCACUUGGGCCUCAUUGUCUGGCUUCUCAUCUGGAGGCCGAACCCAGAAACUCCCACUACCUUCUUCGUAAUUUCGGGACUGUGGGGAGUCGGUGAUGCCGUGUGGCAAACCCAAGUGAACGGUCUGUAUGGAGUACUUUUCAGGCGUAACAAAGAGGCUGCAUUCUCGAACUACAGACUGUGGGAAGCCGCUGGGUUCGUGGUAGCCUACGCUUACUCCACACACCUCUGCGCCAGGAUGAAGCUGUACGUCAUGAUGGUCGUGCUGCUCAUCGGCGUUGUUGGAUACAUUAUUGUCGAAAUCCUGCACAAGCGAAAGACUCGCCGAUUGAAGGCCAUCGCUGACAACCCAGUGGCUGCGGCAGAAGCAGCUAAACAGCCCCCAGAGGAAGACGACGAGAAGGAUGAAAUCGACGACGAGAUCAUCAUAACGCAUCUGUAAAGCGUUGGAUACGAUCGCUCGGAUCGCCUUACCGCCAGGCACUUUUUAGUGCUAUUUUGCCAUACACAAAACAUUUAGGUACAAAAUCACACUGAAAUUAUAAUUUCGAAUUUAUUUAGAUCUAUUUAUACGUAUUCGAUAAGUAAGUUUUGGCUUCUGUUCACGAAGCGACCAGAGUUUUAAGUACAAAGGUUUUCCGAAACAUCGAUUAAUCGAUAAUAUUCUUUUGAUACGGCUCUGUGAAAUUAUUUAUUUUCACUAAAUAUCCAAAAUAUAUACGUAUAAGAAUAGUUCAAAAUUUUACAUUUUGGAUAAAUGUUUUUUUCCAAAAAACAAAAUUUAAUACUUUUUGUAUUGCAUAACAUACCUAUGCAUAAAUGACGGCUAAUCGGCCUAGAUUUCAAUGCAGUGUGUAGUAUUAAGACAACAAGAGGCAAGCAAAAUCCUGAAUGAAGUACUAUUAAAAUUGAAAAUAAAAGAUAAAUCCAUAUCUUAUCUGUUGACUUUCUCGGACUUCAUUUACCGUUAUACCAACUAACAAGAUUAGAUCAAGACUAUAUUUUGCGUGUCAUCAAUAUUAUUAUAAAUGCGAUUACGAUUGACAUACGAUUCAACGGUAAAUUGUUAUAUGUAUGUAACUUGAUUUGAAUACAUAGCAAUCAACGAAUCAUAAAAGAUUAAAAGAAAGCGCAUAUUUAAAGAUGUGCAUUAUUCAAGUAAAUAAGUUCUAUUCAUUUCAUUUGUCUCAUUUCUUGGAAGUUUUUUUUUAAUCUUUACGCUACUGUAUUAUAUUAUUUUAGUUAGUUGCGACAAUAUUUAACGAAAGGAACACGUCAUUUAAAUAUGGGUUUUAUGAAUGAAUAACCAGCUGUGUUUACUGUUCUUUUAUUAUUUCUUAAUUGUGGUCUUUGUCUUAAAAUUUUACAUAUGUUUGUAUUUUAUACAAAGACUACAAUAAUUUUAUUACUAAGGAACUACGAUCUUAUAAUUAUAAUAUGAUGUUCACAAUGAGUAGGUACCUACCUAUAUUUCGAAUCAUCAACUUUUGAACUGCAAAAUUUUUUUAUUUUGUUAAACAAAUAAAUAAAAAAUUAACGUAGUUAUUGGGUUUUUGGCUGGCACCAAAGAUGUCAUGUGAAGCGUAAAAGGUCCUCUAUCGUACAGUAAGUACUGUACGUCUACUUUUUUUCUUUUAUAGAGAAUAAUUGACCAAAAACAAUAUUCAUACAUCAUUUCUGUAUCUUAAUAGUUAUUUAUCAUAUUGUAAUUUUUGAGGCAAUGAUUAGUUCAUCUGUGUAAUCUUUAAAUUAUUUCAGCACUAGUUUUAUAAUAACCUUCACCGUGAUGUUUUUAAAUGCAACAACUAAUGUCGGUGGCGUUAUUAUUAUUUUUGUUUAGUUAUUUUGCUGAUUAGUUUAUGAUUUGAUUAAUUAAUUAUUAACAAGUUGCACUAUUUAUGCGUUGUGUGAAUACAUUUUCAUAUACAAUCAAUUUUA